UGUGUAGCCUUUAUAUCAGUGUUCCUCAUCCCUCCUGCUAAGACACGAAUUUGAUCACUGUCUCUCUUCUGGCUCUACCUCUCUUACUGCUCGCUGAAUCUCUUUUCUCCUGUUUGUUGAAGUCUCUCUCCUAUCUUCCCCAUGACUAUAUGCCUCAAGUUUCUAUCUUUUCUCUUGAUGGAUUUCCAGAUUUAAACAGUGUUUUUGCCUUUUGUUUCGAAUCCACUCUUUCCAUCUCUCUGUGACAUAUUUCUUAUUCACCCUUUUUUCUAAUCUUCUUGCUCACUGGUCUUUCACUUUCUUCCGCCUCUUUAUUUUCUUCUCCUUUUGAAAGAAUCUGAUAGGAGAAAUCUUUACUCGAGGGAGAAAAGAUACAGACAUGGAACAGGACCAAGGUAUCCUAUGCCCAAUCAAAUACACCGAGCACCGAAACAUUAUCAAAAAGCUCACAAAGCACAGACAAGUGCCUGAUGGUCACCGGAAACGACAAGAUGAGCCAAACCCCCCGAGAGUCGUACGGAUAUCAGUGACCGACCCCGACGCCACGGACUCGUCCAGCGAUGAGGACCAUGAUUUCUUCGGCCGGCAACGUGUGAAGCGGUACGUCGAGGAGAUCAACAUCGAGUCCGGUUGCAAGAACAACGUUGUUUCGAAACCCCGGAAACGACCUGCUGGAGAGGCCCCCGCCUGCCGGAGGCCACUGAAGGUGGCUCCGUCGAAUGGCAAGAAGUUUCGAGGAGUACGGCAACGGCCAUGGGGAAAGUGGGCGGCCGAGAUUCGAGAUCCCACAAGACGUGUACGACUGUGGUUGGGUACCUACGACACCGCUGAGGAGGCUGCCAUGGUUUACGAUAACGCAGCCAUUAAGCUUCGAGGUCCCGACGCUUUAACCAACUUUGUUACUCCACCGAAAGAAAAGCCCGAAAUUAAUGUUCCUUCGGUUUCGAGCUAUGAUUCGGGCGACGAGUCUCACUGUCACGGUCACAGUCUUUCUUCUCCGACUUCUGUUCUUCAAUACAGAACUCCUUCCAGUGAAGAAGUCCUUCCCACAGAACAACAUGAAAAACAGCAAGAAGAACAGGUGGGAGAGUGUAAGCGAGAAAUAGCUAUGGAGGAAGUGUUCGUAGAAUGUCAAGCCGAAACGAGUCUCCCCGAUGAUUCGGGUAUUGGUGUGUAUUUACCGUUCGAUUUGCCGUACUUCGAUGAUGUCUUUAACUUUUCCGAGCCGUAUUUGCUUUUCGAUGAACCAAUAUCGAACGAUACAAUGAUGGACGAAUUCGGUCUCCUGUUCGGCGAGAACUCAAAUAACGAAAGUUUGGGAUCCUCAUCGAUGAUGAAUCAGAGUCUCAGCCAGAACCAGAACCAGAACCAGAACCAGAACCAAGGAGAUGAUUAUUUUCAAGAAAUCUUGUUUGGUUCAGAUCCUCUUGUUGUCCUAUGAGUGAGGAGUGCUUUUUUGAGAUGAGUGUUGUUGGCUGCUGCCGUUGGCUUGCCGAUUUCUCGGCAGAUUUUGUUCCGGUCGCAACAAAAGAAUCGGCUACUUUUUUUUCUUUUCUUUUUUAAAUUUAUUUCUUGAUACAUUA